AUGAAAGAAACAAUUGCCCUGUUUGAUGUAUAUGCGACACUUCGUCAUUAUUGUGGUUUCUCUCGAAAUGAUGAUGAUUUUGUUGAUCGAUUAUCACGUUAUUAUUCUGUUUUAAUAUUUUCUGUUUUUGUCAUUAUUGUUUCAUCUGUUCAAUUUGUUGGUAAACCUAUAUCAUGUUUCACUCCUGCAUCAUUUACUGAUGCUCAUAUAACUUAUGCAGAUUUUAUUUGUUGGAUUUCCGAUACAUAUUAUAUAUCAAAUGAUGCUGAAAUACCUGAUCCAGAAGAUCAUGAAGCUCGACAAGGUACAAAUGCAAUUCGUUUCUAUCAAUACGUUCCAUUUAUAUUAUUAUUACAAGCAUUUGGAUUUUUUCUACCUGGAUUCUUAUGGCGAAGUGGUUCAUUUCGACUUGGUGUUUGUUUACAAAAACAUAUAGAUCAAUUAAAUAUAAGUCAUCGUUGUUUAACUGAACCUCCAAUAUAUCGUCGACAAUUAAUACGAAAUGUUGCCGCACGUCUUGAUCAAUAUUUUCGUAUGCAUCGUCGUACAUUUCUACCAAAAUUAACAUUUCUUUACUUAUUUAUAAAAAUUUUUUAUAUAAUAAAUAUUCUUUUACAAUUAAUAAGUUUACAUUAUUUAAUGAAUUUUGAGUUUACAUACGAUGCUUUAUUUCAACAUUUACUUAUUUAUAGUACAACAAUACGUCAUACAUCAUUACAAUUUCCAACCAAUGUUUUAUGUGAUUUUAUUGUUCGUUUUCUUGGUAAAAAUAAACAUCGACAUACAGUUCAAUGUGUUUUACCAAUAAAUGUAUUUAAUGAAAAAAUUUUUUUAUUUGCUUAUUUAUGGUUACUUAUAUUAUUAAUAUGUACAAUUUAUAAUUUAUUUAUACAAUGGAUAGUAUUUAUAUUAUUUUCUCGACGUAUAAAAGAUACACGUGCUCGACGUUUACGUCAAAUAUCAUCAAAAUUUCGUACAGAUGAAGAUUUUCAAGAACAUGAAACAAUACGACGAAUUGAUUAUCAACCAAUAACAAAAAAUUUUAGUCGACAAUAUUUACGUUGUGAUGGUAUUGUUAUUAUGAGAUUAUUUGAUAUGAAUAUUGAUCUUGUUACAAUGAAUGAUUUAAUGGAUGAUUUAUGGGAAUUAUAUAAAACUAAUCCUAUAUGA